AUUCCUCCACAGCUCCAGGGUGAUGGGGAGGUUAAGCCAGCCCCUCUUUACAGCUUUCUCUCAGCUGCAGCUCAACAGUCCUGACCUGCCACCUCCAGCGGCUCCAGUCCCACUUUUACGCAGCACAGAGUAUGGACACAGCCAAACUUUAACUUCCAGUCUGUCUUUCUCUUCUACUCCGCACGCUCUCCCUCCUCUUCCUCACCGGCCCUCGCUGAGCUGAGCUCCGAAUGAAAAGCCCCAUUGGGAGCGGACGCAUGGAGAUCUAAUUUUGCUCCAAUUUUCGGUCAUUUGCGAGGAGGUUGUUGCUGGCCGCAGUUGUUUUGCUGUUGGUGUUGUGGUCUGCUCAUGCGUCGGGAAUGCCAUGGCCACUACGAGCGCACAGCAGCAGCACCAGGAUUAUUUCAGAUCGGUGAGCAGCGAGUCCACCGCCUACAUGAUGGUCCCGGCCCGCGGGCCGAACGGGACGAGGCGCCGGGAAGCGCCGUCCAAGAUGUGGGUGGCGAUGGUGGUGAUCGUGGUUGUGGUGCUCCAGAUUGCCUCCACCACGGGGCUCUUCCUCUACCUGAACAUGUCCAUAUCGCAGGUGCGUAGCCAAGGCGUCACAGAGGAGCUGAAGUGUCUGAGUUUACUGAACGCUCUGGAUAAGGACCAGGACAUCCCCGACCAGCUGGCCCAGCUCUUCGGAGAGCCCUGCAUCAAACUGGCCGAAGGCAUAAAAGCAUACAUCUCCAAGGUGACAGAGAACAUCAUCUCCAAACAAACCUUCAUAGAGGCGAGGACCAUGCCUCGCCAUUUCAACAACUCAGGGUCAAAGUUCGUGACCUCAGUGACCCAGAGGCCAUCAGCCCACUUAACCCUCAGAGACACCAGCUCUCAAGGGUUCCCUCCUUCGAUCCCCACAAAGGAUCUCCACCAGUCCUGCCGCCAUGUGGUCCAGUCAUGGGCCAAUCAGAGCUUUGGAGCUCACCUGCACAACAUGACUCUGACCAAUGGGAAGCUGCGAGUGCCACAGGAUGGGCGGUACUACCUGUACUCGCAGGUGUAUUUCCGAUAUCCGUCCCCAGCAACCAGUGACGGGGACCAGCGCAGCGCCAGCCACCAGCUGGUGCAAUGUGUCUACAAGAAAACCUCCUACCGGAGCCCCAUACAGCUCUUGAAGGGGGUGGGAACAAAGUGCUGGGCCCCGGACGCCGAGUACGCCCUCCACUCCGUCUACCAGGGGGGACUGUUUGAGCUGAGGGCCGGCGACGAGCUCUUCGUCUCCGUGUCUUCCCCAACGAUGGUCAACGCGGACGACUCCUCAAGCUACUUUGGCGCCUUCCGCUUGGACCUCUGAGGGAAAGGGGACGGAAGAGUGGAAAAAAGAAAAAAAAUGGGGACAAUGGUUGGAGGUUUUUGAAUAUCCGUUGAUUGGAAAAAGAGCUGUGGGAUGUCGGCCUGGAAUUCGGAUCCUCUGCGUUUGCUUGGACGGAUACGUUGAAGGAUGGAAGGACUGAAGGUUUUGCUUGAGUGAACGCUGCAAGAGGAUGGGGUGAAAGGGAAAAGAAAGAGUGGAUUUGCCUUCCUUACUCUCCAUUAAGCGAAACCAAACCUUUGAGAGCAUACAGAGAUACAUGUGCAAUCAAAAUAAAUGUGAGGAUAGCGAUUUUAAGUUGAUUUUUGGGAAUGAAAAUUGCUUUAUGGAUGUCAAGAAGAGAAAUAAACCUGUUAAACGAGAGUCGCCCCCACCCCACCCCACCCCAGAAAAAAAAAAAAAAAAGAAAAAUUAGGCCUCCCUGCUGCCUGCAAAACAAAAAUGAACACAUGAAUCUCAACUUAUCUCGUACGUCAACAGCCUUUUUUAUGGGAAGCAAUUGGACCCUCAGAUUUAGAUUCCAGACCGAAGAAUGUACACACACACACACACACAAAAACAAACAAACAAAAAAAAACUCGAAUAUGUGUGGAUGGACAGUGAAAUGGUAGCAGAGAAGAAAAUGAUCAAACCAAAGCAAAAAAAUCUGUGGAAUAUAAUUUUUUUUAAAGCGUGCCAUGAGAGGACUGUACAUAUGAAUGGCUGAGAGUGAGAGUUGAGACGAUGAACUGCGCUGAUUUCAAAAGUAAUUCAUAUGUCUUUUACCGUGACUGGACUCAAAACCACUUGGAUUUUGCUGAGGACUAUCUAUCGACACUUAGAACUGUGGAUUUUAAUGCAAGGACAUUUUUGAGAGGAGGAUACGGAUUGCCUCUUUGUACUGGAUACACUAAUGAGACUGUGAGAAGCAACAUAAGAGUGCCUUUUGAACCUAAGAGUCUGCGAGGAGAGAGGAGGAAUGAAAACAAGGAGGAGGGGGAGGGAGAAAUCUCGUAAAUGCCAAUAAGAAUGAGUCCGGCAAAAGAAGAUAAAAGCAAAGAAAGAGAAAAAGGCAGAGGGUGGUAUGCAGCCCGACAGGCCUGCUGUUGAUCUCUCUUCUCUCUCUUUCGCUUUCUCCUUCUUUUCGUGUCAAGAAUUCGGUUCAUGUUGAUUUUCUUGUCUACCCUGUGAAGCUGCAUUCACUUUUCUGUUUUCGGGAUCAAUUAAGCAACUCGACCAGACAACAAGAGACACUGGGUGUAGGAAACAAGAUGACCUGGUCGCACAAAAACAAAAAUCAUUCCCAGAAGCAUGUUUUAAGUGUAAGGUUAACACUGAAAUAAACUCUCUGAAAUGUUGUUAAAACACCCAGAUGUGUGCAAAACUAUUUCAAGUUUUGAACCAAAUGUAGCCGAGUUGUAACCAAGAUUUUUUGGUCCCACAAAUCACAAAUAAACAGUUGCUUUGGAGCUUCAUCACUGAUGUUAAUAAUAACAUCUGGACUUGACUUGCUUUAGCACAGGAUUAAAACCACAGAAACAGCCUGGAGUUUGGAGAAAGACGAGGAAUUUGACCAUCAUGUCUGUACAUCAGCUAGCUUAGCACAAGUGCUGAAAUCAGGGGGGAAACGGCCAGCACGCUGGAAGGUUUUGAGCCACGCUGGCCGUUUCCGCUCGUUUCCUCUCUUUGUGCUCAGCUAAGCAAAUUGAGAUGUAUUAAACUCACCUAAUUAACAAGUGUACUUCCCUAAAUGUCAAACUAUGCCCGUAAUGUGCAACCACCAGCCGCUAAAACCAACAUGUUUUCAUGGGUUGCUGUAUAAACUGUGAGUCACUGUUAAGAACAUUUGCCCCACAAGCUCUUCAUGUGUCAUUUUACGAGUCUUAGAUGUGCAGGACAGGAUGAAGUCAGGUGACUCCUGUCAUGUGACCAUCACUGUCUUAGUCACAUGGACCAGGUUGCAGAUUGGCUGCAUUUAGGCAUAAAAAGCAUUCGCAAAACAUUCUGCACAAUUCUUAUACAACAUGGCAGGUGGAAACACUCCCAUGUGAUGCAAGUUCCUUUAUAAAGAAAAAAAAAAGGUUCAUGAAGCGAACACAGAAAAGGUGAAUUUUAGGAAAACACAGAGCAGAUUUAGUAACGAGACACAGACGCCCCCCUAAAGAAAGAUUACGAGGAGCGAGAGAGGAUAUUUGCAGACAUAAACCAUGCAGCGACUAGCACAGACUCAACCCCUACACAUGUUUUUUUCUUUUUUUGGCACACACAUCCACACGUACGCAUAGAGGACACACACACAGACACACACACACCACUUCGCACCACAUCCAGGCGAGUCUGAGCUCCGCAGACACACAUAUCAACCGGUGUCACAUCCAGUGUAAAGAUGCAAACACACUCUGACACGAUCUCAUUUAUCCCAACAGUCUGGCCUCCCUCUGCCAUCUGGUAGUUGUCAGUGAUCAGUCGGAGGCGUGUAGGGAGAGUGUGUGUGUGUGAGUGUGUGUGAGUUUACAGGACGUGUUUGUUCAAAGGGCUCGGUUCACAUGGAUAAUUCUUAAAAAGAGGUCAAGCAAAUUUAGACACGCAGUUUUCUUUGUUUCUGUACUCAACCUUCAAUGUGUUUUUUUUCCCCUGAGAGAAAAGGAUUUAUUGGCUUACACACACACACACACACACACACUUUUAAUGAGAUAAUAUCCAUGCUAAUCCCAUCCUCCUGGCACUGUGGUUCACACAUACCUGUAUGUAUGUAAGUUACACUCAAGUUUUGUUAGGGAAGCCGUCAAAACGCAACAGCACGUCCUGAUUAUAUUUUGUGCAAAGCACAAAAUUAAAAGCUUGCUGUUUUAGCAGCUUUCCGGCCUUGUGGCCUGCACCUGGUCAUGUUUCAGUCGGAACCGCUGCUCUGAGCCCACCAACGCUCCAUCUCGUUACACACACACACCGAGCUCGCUCUUCCUCUGUGAACUCGAGCCUCAGUCGGUUUAUUAUCCGGGGCAAACCUCCACAAUCGUACGGCCUUUUCUCUUUCUCGCACUCCAAACAAAACAAGCAGUCAGCUGGAACAGGUCCAGCCGUGAUGAUAAUGCAACAUACACACUCAUGAGAGGAUAAAUCCCCGGGCCCAGCUGGGAAAAUGUUUUGCAUUGAAUGUGUCUGUACUGGAUGGUUUUGUAGCUGUGAACAUGUGUAGCACAUUGUUGCUGAGGAAAUAAACAAAUAUUUGAAGUUC